AUGCAUGCAGCACAAGAAGAAGAAAAAAUUGAGUCACUCAGAAGCAGCUCUGUCAGCCAUGAAGGUGAUGAUGGCGGUGAUGGUCAUGGCCCUGCUGUUGUUGAUGCCGUGAGUUGUCCUUUUAGAGCCCAAUGUGGUUCCAUUGGAGAUGGAUUUUUGUGGUGGGUUGGUAUACUUUGCAGCCCUAAAGUGGCUGAGCCCCAAUUAGAGUCUCCAUUGGGCCCUGCCCUAAAAGUCCAGCCACCCCCAAGGAUUUCAUAA